AUGCCAGGCGGUACCAGAAGCAGCAGCAGGAGGAAAGGAGGCGAGAGCGAUCAGCGCACAGGCGGGGAGGCCAUGACUAGCGGGGUGAAGCGGGCUACCCGAAACUCGGGUAUUGGGAUAGACGUCAACCUGUGGGAUCUGCGAGACCUCCCUAAGACUAGCACCGUGAAGAGGGCGCCCAAGCUGAAUUUGAAGGACUACACCGUGAGGCUGCCACGCGCAUCAAGGGACCAGGACAUGAAGCUUCUCCGCCGGACGGCAAGGGACAUCGAGGGAGUCGGGGAAUCGGACCCGGUCUACCCGUUGACCGGACCUGCGUGCAUCACGAGGAAGGAAGCUGCCGCUGCGCUGCUAGCGCUGGGCGAAGAGCGCGACGACGCGAUGGUGGCGGCGGCGAAGGCGGCAGUAUCGGAGAGCGGCGACUGCGGUGCAGGCGCCAGGAGCACCAUCGCAGACGGCUCGAUCCCCCUUGCAAUGGGCAUCAACCAGCCACUCCUGGCGGAAGCCGAAGCCGACGCCCGCUUGGCCAGCCCUGGCGUAAGCCGUAGCCUCACCACGGAAGACCAACGUAGCUCGCUGCCACACCCCGCGCAGCUCUACCACGCCCAGGGCAAGCCGGACUCGAGCGACGAUGCCACCGGUGCCAUGUCAGCUGCUGCGAAGAUUGCCCCCGCUAGAGCCGGAGACGUGGCCGAGUUGGCGGCGGCGGCGGCGGCUAAGGUGUUCUCUCGUGGGGCGGCGGAGGGAGAACCGGUCUUGAAGAGAAGCUUGGCGACGGCCGUGGCCAACGACAUCGCCAACAGCAUGGAAGUGGCCGGCGGCGGGGGCAAGCGGUGCGACGGCGGCAGCAGCAGCGGCGGCAGCGGCAGCGGCAGCGGUGGCGGUGACGGCGUAGCAGGCGGAGGGGUUGGAGGAGGGCAAGGGCCGCGCUUCGAGCCCGAACACGGCGUCGGGGGAUCGACUUCGUCAAACAGAUACAACAGCUUCGGGAAGCGGAAGAGGGGCCACAACGACAACGACGACGACGACACGGUCGAUGGGAGUGGCUGCGUGGACGUCAACAAGGCGUCCGGCGAUGACGGCGCCAGCGAGCGUUGUGCUAAGCGCGUCCGGCAGGCGGCUGGCGGACAGUCCCGGCAACUCCGAGGGUCGCGUGACCGCAGUGGAAAGUAA